UCAUGUUUGCGCGGACAUUGGCUGUAAUUUUUCUGUUCGCACCUACUGUUUUUAAUGAACUUUUAAAUGAUCCGGAGCUGUUGGCAGGAUUUUAUCAGGGGGACAUCAAAGCUUAUCCAUUUCGAUCUCGAAACGGAAUCGUCAAUCAAAUUUAUCACUGGCCUAAUCGCACUGUACAAUAUAUGAUUGAAACAAAUGAAUUUGACGACAGUCAUCAUCAGGAAAUUCUCAGAGCCAUUUCCAUCAUAGAGGCAAAUUCGUGUGUUAUUUUCCAGCCAGCUACUGAAACCGAUUUUCCUAGGCUCGUCAUUACGUCCAAAGGCAUUGGCUGCAAUUCCGCUUUCUUAGGCUACAGGAAUAAGACACAAUUGGUGAAUCUUCAGAUUUUCCCACUUGGCGUGGGCUGCUUUCGCAUCGGUUCCAUUAUCCAUGAACUUCUUCACGUCCUGGGCUUCGAGCAUCAGCAUGUGGCCCAUAAUCGAGACCAGUAUGUCAGCAUCCAGUGGGAAAAUAUAAAUCCGGUGUACAAUAUCAAUUUCUUUAACAACGAUAAUUCUACUGCGUGGCACGACUUUCACGAAGGCUACGAUUUUGAAAGUGUUAUGCACUAUGUACCUAAGGCCUUUUCCAAGAAUGGCCAACCCACAAUUGUGCCCCUUCAGGAUGGGCCUGCAAAUAUCGGUCAACGACUGUAUAUGAGCGAAAAGGAUAUUCGCAAGUUGAACAAAAUGUAUAGAUGCCCUGGUUAUGUUUAGGCAAAAUAUAUUUGAAUUAAACUUUAAA